GCUCAUGCACUGCAUUUUCCUCCUGCUCUGUCGCACAAGGAGGAUGCUGCAUCCGCGGGCCUGCUAUCAUCUUAUGGGAGCAUACAAAUGAAUUUUAAUGGAUGCAUAAAAAUGUCGCGGGGAUUUAAGAUGGCUGGAUGAUUCCCAGGUCCUUUUUAUGCCUUAUACCUUCUUGUUGGUACCUGGAAUAAUUCAGCUCUUCCCCGCAGCCUGCUAUCAUGAAUGUUAUUGUAAUAACGUAGGUAUUGACAAGAUAAGUGCGUGCAGUCUGUGGUAGCCAUUAUUGGUAAACUGUAAACCAAGUGGAGAUUAAGAUGCUACAAGGCUCUACUAUCUUGGGGCACGAGAGGCCCCUGGUCAUCAGGGUGUCAUUCGCCACCUGUGUUGUGGGUACUGUGUGCUUGCCACUGCUUGGACUAAUAACUUGUGUCUUCAUAUCCUCUGUUUUCCAUUACGAGGACUCUACUGGUACACACUGCCAGGUGCCUAAUUACCUGCCAUCUAUCAGUGCCUCAAUAAGUCUUAGUCCUGAGUGCCACAUAUGGCGGUUCUGUAUCGGGCUGCACUCAGCACCGAGGCUCCUGGUGGCAUUCACCUACUUCAAAUUUUACAAGACGCGCUUUGCCUCGAGGUUUCCUGAGAGCUCACUCAGUUGCUUCAACCUGGCCUUUUCUAUCUGUGAAAACCUCGGCCUCUUGCUCCUCACAUACGUAUCAUCCAGUGAAACAUACUUUGUACAUAAGGAAGGUUUUGUGCUCUUCAUAGUCAGCUCCAUUAUCUACAUGCUCAUAACCUGCCGUUUAUGGAAGACUAUAAAGAAGUAUUCAUUAAGUCCUGAGGAUGCCAAGUCUCACCACUGGAAAGUACGCUUCUUACUCCUCAAUGUAUCCUUCUGUGCUUUUGCCGGAUUCUUUUAUUGGAAACACAAUAUGUACUGUGAAUCAGGGAGUUACACAUUAUUUGCCCUGUUUGAGUAUCUAGUGGUUUUCUCCAACAUGGCCUUCCAUCUAACAGCAGUGUGGGACUUUAAGAGCCGGGAGGUGAUGGUUGUUUCAUCAUCCGAAGAUAAAGACUUCUGACUAGAAGUUCAAGGACUGAGUGCUAAAUGUACUCCCACACAAUCACCUGAUGUUACCAGCCUUGAUCCUGCACAAGAGGAAGAGUGGGAUGAAGGCCUUUUCCAUAUAUUUCCAGGAUGACAGCUCUCAAGUCCUUAGAUGGCGUAGAUGUCAGACAAGUUUGAUCAGAAGAUAUGCACAUGUGCUACUGUGUGGUCAAUUCAGUGAGCUGUAAGUGCUUUUCUUUGCCUCAGUGUCUCAUUCAUGGAUGCCUUCGUCCACAUACACAAUUUUAUGUAAUGUGAGAUUUUAACUUUUGUACGAUGCACAAAAAAGUGUGUGGUCAUACUGUAUGUGUGCCAAA